UCAGAGGACCCAGCCAAGUGCUUGGAAAGCGGGCAGAGGAAAACACAUAUUGAGGGGAUUUUCCAGUCUGUUUCUGGUGGUUGGGCCAGAAAGAUGCCUCAGCGCCUGCUGUUGACCUGCUUCUUCAUAGUCAGCUCUGUGUCACCCAUGGCCCUAGAUCCUUGUUCGGCUUACAUCAGCCUGAACGAGCCCUGGAGGAACACUGACCACCUGUUUGAUGAGUCUGAAGGUACGCCUCUGUGUGACAACCACGUGGACGGGGAGUGGUACCGCUUCACGGGCAUGGCGGGGGACGCCAUGCCCACCUUCUGCAUACCAGAAAACCACUGUGGAACCCACGCACCCAUCUGGCUCAAUGGCAGCCAACCCCUAGAAGGCGAUGGCAUUGUCCAGCGCCAGGCCUGUGCCAGCUUCAAGGGGAACUGCUGCCUGUGGAACACCACGGUGGAGGUCAAGGCCUGCCCCGGAGGCUACUACGUGUAUCGUCUGGCCAAGCCCAGCGUCUGCUUCCACGUCUACUGCGGCCAUUUCUAUGACAUCUGCGAUGAGGACUGUCCCGGAAGCUGCCUGCACACCAGCCGGUGCACGUGCUCUCCAGGAACUGUGCUAGGCCCCGAUGGGCAGACGUGCUUCGAUGAAAAUGAAUGUGAGCAAAACAAUGGCGGCUGCAGUGAGUUCUGCAUAAACCUCAAAAAUUCCUAUCGCUGUGAAUGUGGGGUCGGCCGAGUGCUGAGAAGCGAUGGCAAGACUUGUGAAGACAUCGAAGGAUGCCACAAUAACAAUGGUGGCUGCAGCCACUCCUGCCUUGAGUCAGAGCAGGGCUACCAGUGCGGGUGUCCCCGGGGCUUGGUGCUAGCUGACAACAACCACACUUGCCAAGUCCCUGUGGUGUGCAGAUCAAAUGCCAUUGAAGUGAGUGUCCCCAGGGAGCUGGUUGGCGGCCUGGAGCUCUUCCUGACCAACACCUCCUGCCGAGGAGUGUCCAACGGCACCCACGUCAACCUCCUCUUCUCCCUCAAGACGUGCGGCACCGUGGUCAAUGUGGUGAAUGACAAAAUCGUGGCCAGCAACCUCGUGACAGGUCUCCCCAAGCAGACCCCAGGGAGCAGCGGGGACAUCAUCAUCCGGACCAGCGAGCUGCUGAUCCCGGUGACCUGCGAGUUCCCGCGCCUGUACACCAUCUCGGAAGGCUACGUCCCCAACCUCCGGAACGCCCCGCUGGAAAUCCUGAGCCGCGAUCACGGCGUCUUCCCCUUCACGCUGGAGAUCUUCAAGGACGACGAGUUCGAGGAGCCCUACCGGGAAGCGCUGCCCAGCCUCAAGCUCCGCGACUCGCUCUACUUCGGCAUCGAGCCCCUGGUGCACGUGAGCGGCCUGGAGAGCCUGGUGGAGAGCUGCUUCGCCACGCCCACCUCCAAGGUGGACGAGGUCCUCAAGUACUACCUCAUCCGGGACGGCUGUAUUUCAGAUGACUCAGUGAAGCAGCACUCAUCCCGGGAUCACCUAGCAAAGCACUUCCAGGUUCCUGUCUUUAAGUUUGUAGGAAAAGAUCACCAGGAGGUUUUUCUGCACUGCCGAGUUCUUGUCUGUGGAAUGCUGGAUACGCAUUCCCGCUGCGCCCAGGGUUGUCACCGGCGAGUGCUUCGGGCGGCGGGGGAAGGAGAGGACAUUGCUGGUCUGCAGAGCCAGAUUCUGACCGGCGGCCCAAUCAGCAUCAACUGGGAACACUAGUUCCCCACACACCCUAGUCUGCGGUCCCCUCUGGAACUUCUGCCAUACCUUCUAAGGACACCUCAGAGGAGCUCCUAGGACACCUGGCUUCUUCAGACCGUGUGCUGUGAGUGUAGACAAACUCCCAGAACCCCUCACUGCUUCUGGUCUACAGGCUGAUACAUAUCACAGCCCAGGCUACAGAUGUGCUGCCCAAUGUAGUCUGCAUGGGCCUUCAGUUUCCCAGCGAGGAAGACCGAGCUGUCCACGGAGGAGGAAGCUCGCCCACCCUCCAGUGCUUUCCUCCAACUAAACACCUCGUGUUCCAUGCAAUAGGACCGCCCAGAUCAGAAGCCGGUUAUCAUACUUCAAAUUAGAAACCAAAAAAUAAGUGCUUACUAAAACUAUAACUUAAAUACUCCCUAGACAUGUAAAUAAUAAUCAUGCCUUCAAAUUGCAAUUCAAACACGGGAUAGUUAUGGGGGAUUUGGAAGUUUAUCAAUAAAACAAUGUAUUAUAAGGAGAUGCCUUUUGGUCUUUCUCUUGCAUAAUAUUUUUGGGUGUUUUCAUUGCCUUAGGUGAAAUAUUUUCACUUAAUAAAUAUUAAUAAAUUAAUCAAAUGCAUUUAAGUGGUUUAAUGACUAAACUAUUAGCAAAAUUAAAGUUUGGUACCACGUGCCCUCUAAAUUGGCAUUCUGUGCCUUCAAAUCAGUAAGACAUUAGACAAAGGUAUAAAAUUAUAC